GUAAAAUCAAAGCCGCGACUCACAUGGUCAGCUUGAGCCACUUUCCAUCUGCUCACCUGCACUUCGUGGUGCUACUACUGAGUGAUGCUAGUGAUGGCUCCCACUCUUUUAUUCUAGUGGCGAAGAAGUAGUUAUAGUUUACCGAAGAAAUAAAUGUGAGGUUGAGGAUUUCAUCCUUGUAGCGACAGAAGUCCAUCGACCCGUUUACCGAAUCAUGCCUGAGAAGGUUGCCCCUUUGCCGCGGCGGGUAUCGGGGUCCGACGUAUUCUUCGAGCAGCAUGAGGACGACCACACGAGCGGUCAGGGUGCAGCGAGUAAAGCGAAAAGCAAGAGCUCCGUCGCUGCAGGUGGGAAGAGAGCGAAGGGAGAUGGUGGAGCCGGAGCUCUCGCAUUUGGGGUCCUGCAGAAGGAGGACACCAAGGAGCUGGCUAUGGACGCGAAGAAGCCACGACAGCAGGGUGGUCACAGCAUCAGCAAACCACUGUUAGUGAAAGACGAGAUUUCUAAAAGUAGUCGUGACAAGCAGAUGGAACGACAAGAGGAAAAGAUGACUAAGAGAGGGAGCAAAGGAGCAGAGAAUUCCUUCAAGAGCGCAGGAGCAACGACUACAGCGUCGAGAGGUGGAGGAGCAGCGAGCAAGAAGACUACACAGCUACCGGCUUCUUUACCGAGGUAUAGUCAUUUUUAGCAUAAAAAUUACUGUGAAGUACAGAAAUACCUUCUGUUUCUGCAUGCAGCUGUUGGAAAACAAACAUCUCUGCUCCUUCUUCUAGUAAGUAGUGUACAACUAAAAAAUCUGAGCUCCGAGAAUUCCCAUGGAACAUUAUGUUCGCUAUCGCUUUGCCUUUGUGCAGCGCCGGUUGUCAGCGUCAGCUGUUGCGCGCGUUAUCGACUUGCAGCUGCUGCAUCACCGGUCGCACGCGAGAAAUAGAACAACUUUUAUGCUAAACAAGCGGCAGAAUGAACGACAGCGGCAAAAAUUCCUGCAUCCAGCAUUUAUUUUUCCCACUACUCGACCCCUGCUCAGGGAUCCUUCCCAGUACAACGGCAGUGUCACCAAGGGCAAGGCCAUCAUUGGCGUGGACGAGGCCGGCCGCGGACCGCUUGCCGGACCCGUUGUUUGUGCGUGCGUCGCUGUCAAAGACGGGGAAUUACCGCCGGAGAGUAUCCUCGGCGUGACUGAUUCGAAAAAACUGAACGAGCCGCAGCGCCGGGAGGUGUUUGCCCAGCUGCAGAAACACGCCAAAACCAUGGUGACGAAAACGAUUGGACUGACCGGGAAAGAAAGCAACAUCUACGGGGAGGAGCAGUGGUGCAUCUCUGACACGACCAGCUCAAUGAAUACUACUUCCAGUAGAACCGGCCCGGAAAUCAUGAAGAAAAGCGGCGGAAAGAACGGCAUAACAAAUGCUGAAGAAGAAAUAACUGCUGCUAGUAGUAGUAGCCUUCACAAGAACCUGCACAUUCGUUGCACGAUAGUUCCUGCGAGCCGCAUUGAUGAGAUCAACAUUCUGGAGGCCACGUUCGAGGGCAUGGUGACCAGCGUGAACAAUCUGGUGCCGGAAUCCCUGCCGGAACUGCAAAAAAUCGGAAAAGUGUUGGUUGACGGUCCGCAUGUUCCGUCCGCAUGGACAGACAAGCGGAAGAAGAUGAUGAACAUGAAAGUGAUGGCGAAAAAAGCCUUGAAGGGGGGAAAUAAAGGGAAAAAGGAAAAACUCGAGGACAUGGUUGUAGUUGCGACUCUGAACAACAAAUUCGAUGGUCGAACGGAAAUAGACGAAGCGGCUGUUGCUGCUGCAGUUCCGGCCUGGAAAAAAGGCAAUGAGGAUCAAUCAGAAAAAGAAAAAGUUGAAGGAGAUAAAGUUGAUUGUCUCGAAGCUUCUCUGGUGAACAAACUUCCCUCUCCAGCGAAGAAGCGACGAGAGAGUGAUGUAGAAGUAGCUGCUGAACAAGCUGCAGUUGUUGCCGCCGAGGAGAAAAGAAACGGCAGAAGUGCAGCAGUAGAUUCUGCUAAUCUAGCCGCCAUCGCAUUUUCGAGCACCAACAAGUUCGCAAGCGCUGCAGGUCAAGGUUGUUUGUCGUCCAACGGAAGAGGCGCAGGGGAAAGCAUCGUCGAGCAAGAGGCCUCCGCCCCCGCGGCGGACCAAGCGCAGCCGAAGGUGGCACGUCGACCGGCAGCAGGUGCAGCACGCGAAGAAGAUGGAAAGCAGGAAAAGUCAGAUGAGGCACCAGUUUUCGUCCCGCCCCCGUUCGAAGUGGUUCCCGUGAUCAAGGGGGACGGAAAGGAGUGGUUGAUCGCCGCCGCGUCCAUCGUGGCCAAGGUGAUCCGGGACGAGAUUCUGGAAAAUCUGCUGGAAAAGCAGUACCCGCAGUACGGAUUUGCGAGGCACAAGGGGUACGGGUAUCGAAAGGAAAAAUCCCCCCUCCCCAUAUCGAACAGGCAUCCUUUUCAAAAUUUGUGAUGCUCAUUUGUGGUCACAAAUCAGGUCAUCUGUCUUGCAGAGAGCAAAGCCAGAGCUUCCGCCGUUUUACGCAGGGGAUUUGUAAUGCUGCUGCGCCAACAGGGCAGACGUCUGCCAUGCUGAGCGCCCACCUGUAACUAGCCAUCCCCUUCCAGGCUUUGCAUCUGCCUGCAGUUCUCUACUGCAGCAAGACAAAGCUGAUGUGUGUACACAAAUCCCGCAACACAGAUCGCCAUUUUGAUAUGGGGCGGGGGCAUUUUUCCUUGCGAUAACGGGACCGCGUUCCACAUGGAGGCGCUGAAAAAGUUCGGGCCCUGCCGGGAGCACCGCAUGUCCUACGAGCCGGUUCGCUUGGCGGUAGAGGGGCUAGGUGCGGCGGGGAAGAAGAAGGAAGCAGGAGUCGCAAAGGCGGCUGCGAUGAAGAAGCUCGUCGCAAACAAGCCGGCUGGUCUCGAACAAAGUAAGGGCAAUGUAAAAAUUCCUGCUCGUCUUCCGAAGAAAGGCACGUCGGAACAAGCGGAGGAACAGAAGGGAGGUGCGCAGAUGAGUUCUUCUAAAACGAGAAAUAAAUGCGGUAAGGCGAUGAAAGCUCUGGCAGGGGAUAAAAAUUCUCGGGCAGCUGUUCCAUCCUCUUCCAAAGCGAAGAAGCCGGCUAGUGCUGCUCCGCAUGUGAGUAAAGACAACAACGUUUCCUCCGCCGCCGAGGAGGAGGGUUAUCUGGCGGAUGCUGAUUUUGGGACUAGCAAAGGCAUGAAAAAACCAGCCUCAAGUACAAACAAAAGUGGCGGGAAUGGCGGCGGAGCGGGAGAGGGAGAAGGUGGCGGCAACGAGAAGAAGUCAACCAUGAAAAGAACCCGGAGUAAGAGGGGGUCUCUGGCGGAUGAUGAGGCAGGCGAAUCGUCGGCAACGGGACAGAAAAACAUUGAUUUGAAGUCAAUGAAGAUGACUAAGAAGAAAAAGAUGUGAGCGAAACUUACGGGAGCUGUGAUGUACGUGUAACUGAGCACAGAAAUCAAAGUCACGGUUGCGAAGCGGACUUUCCUGCCAUAAACUGCUAGCAAAGAUGAGAAGGUAUUGUAGUGACGAGUUUUUAAUAUCGACCCACACGCCGGUAUUGAAGUUUGGUACUGCGGAGUCAAAAGAAUAACGUUCAAGUGUUCUCGGUGCCGUUCUAAAGCGUGAUACUCCGCGUUGUAACAGGAAAAGAGAUGAGACAGGCUCACUCCCGUGCACGCCCUAGGAGCGGAGAGGUUUGGAGGUGAUGCAACUGAGUCCUGACUCGCAAUUUAUUCUCAUUUUGAAGUUAAACGGCCAUAGGAUCAUCAUACUUACACGAUGGAUUGGCCCCCUGACGGUUUGGAGUUCAACACGCAAAACUAUCCGAAGUACCACCAAGUCAACGAGUACCUUCCUAACUACGAGCGCGACAAAAUUCGCAUCUGCCGGUGUUGGCAGAGCAAAAA